GUUGAUUCAUCGCGCCUGACUGUCAGACAGACAUGACAUGUUCCAUUUGAUACACAGAUUGAAGACUCCACUGCUGUCAUUUGGAGGAACGCGCACAAUAUCCCAACGGAUCAACAUGGAGAAGCCCUGCAUACUGGCCACUACCUUCGGAGCACCUGGAGGCAUCUACAAAUGCUUUGCACCUGUUGUGGAGAAACACUUCACCAUUAUCCCAUAUGAGACAUUCCUGCUAGACCAGAAGAAUCUGUCAGAACAGGUCAAAGCAGUGUUUGUAUGGGGCGUUGCCCUGAACGUUGACAGAGGUCUGAUGCAGUCUCUGCCUAACCUCAAGGUGGUGGUUAACGGAGGGGUGGGAGUGAACCAUCUGGACAUACCCAUGAUCAACAGCUUUGGGGUGAAGGUGUGCAACACCCCUCAUGUUGUUGACAACGCCACUGCCGACAUCGGGAUGGGUUUGAUGCUGGCGUCUGCAAGGAAGAUCGUAGAAGGUCACCAUUACACCCUAACCCACAACAAUGAGGACUUGCCAGAGAGCUCCAUGGGUAUGGACGUCAGCGGGGCCACCCUGGGCAUCAUCGGUAUGGGGAGGAUAGGAUACAAGGUGGCCAGGAGGGCCCAGGCGUUUGAUAUGAAGAUCCUCUAUCAUAACAGGAACCGCAGGUGGAAAGAGGAAGAGAGAGCAGUGGGAGCGAUGUACUGUGCCAACAUGGAGGAUCUGCUCCAGCAGUCCGACUUUGUGAUGGUGGUGGUGAACCUGUCACCUGCCACCCAGAAACUGAUCGGUGCCAAGGAACUAGCCAUGAUGAAACCUACCAGCACUCUCAUCAACAUCAGUAGAGGCCUCGUUGUAGACCAAGAUGCGUUGGUGGAAGCCCUCCAGAAGAAAGUGAUCCGAGCCGCUGCACUGGAUGUGACUUAUCCUGAACCCCUACCAAUAGGCCACCCCCUUGCUGCUCUUCCAAACGUCAUCAUCCUGCCCCACAUAGGGACCAACUCCGUUGAGACGACGCAGAUAAUGGUGGAGAAGAUGGUGACCAACGCCCUGGCAGUACUAGGAGGGAACCAUCCUCCUGAUGAGGUCAAGGUGUAGGUCAGAGAAGUUUCCUCUAGGUACAGAUCUAGGAUCAGUUUCUAUUCCCCCAAUCCUAACCUGAACCAUUAGUGGGCAAAAUGCAAAAUUUAAAACCAAAAUCGGCAUCUAGGGGCAACUUCACCCUAUUCCUCAGGAAUCACCCUGGACCCUCCAUGCCAGUUGUAACUAGCUGCCAUGCCUUAGAGCAGGGGUUUCAAACAUACGGCCCCGCACACGAGGGGGUCCAAUCCGGCCCAUGGGUGGUUCGAGUAGCCUCAAAUAUUUAGAAAACAUUCAUACAGUAUCUUGACUGUGUCCAGCUCGCUAAUAAUCCCCGAAAUUAGAUCUACACUGUAUUCCUCAGGGAGCAAAUUUCUAAAAUGAUGGAUAAAGGACUAUUUUUUUUCUUCACAUUUUGACUGCAAGGAAAUACCACACUUUCAGUGCGGCCCUCCGGGGUCCCGCGCCAUGUCUAUUUCUAUGGGCACAAGCAAUGUUCAUGACACAAACUGUUCACACCCUUCUUGUUGGUGGAGAGAAUUUUGCAGGUUUAAAGCUUAUUUCCUGCAAUUCAACACAUUUUGUCAAGGGGUGCAAAUCAAAUGUUGCAGUUUUAAAGCAAAAAUAUUCUUGCAAUUCCAUACAUUUUGCCUUGUCUAAUGUGUAUACAUGUGAUAUUUGUGUGAUAAAAAAAUGACCACAAUAUCUAUGGGCUAAAAGAUAAAAAAUUUUAAAAACCGUUAGCUGACAUGGGCUAGUUGAUCUGGACAUUUCAGACCAGUUAUACAUGCAUAGCUAUUAAGGUCUGCAAUCACACGUGACAAGAGGAACUGAUGAUGCACCACCCAAUUUCACAAUGUCACCUUGUGCAUUCUACUAUUACAACUUUCAAAAGUAAGUUUAAAGCCCGACUGAAUUCCUUAAAAAAAUAAAUAAUAAUAAUAAUAAUAAUUGGGGGGGACCCCCUCCCUCCCCCUGCCGACCUCUCAGUUUGGGAACCAUUGUUGUAGAAGACCUGCCUUAGAGGGUCCUAACUUCCACCAUCACUGAUCUAGCAGAAUGUGGAAGGAAGGAGGACGAUGGGGGUAAAUCUAUCCGGUGGGGAUGAAGGAAAGGAGAGGAGGAAAAUGAGAUAUUUAGUAUUGAGACUUAGCCACCACAAUGCAGCAGUGUCACUGAUCAGAGAAGUCUUCACCAUCCACAUUAAUAAGCACCAAAUCAUAGCUCCGUCCUGGAAAAUUCUAUAGAAGUUAUGACACUAUAGAUAAUAGAAUGUUGGAUAGAAAUGGAAUAUAUUGCUUCUGAAUGGUGAAUAUGCCUUCUCAGACAGUACAUGGAAAUGUACUGUAAUUUAUAUAACUUCAUAUUGACUGUUGAUUUAACUCAUUAUAACCACUGAUUAUAAAGGUUUAGAGCAUUAUGCAUACUGUAUUUCUAACUGCAAAAUAAACAACUUGACACACCUGUU